CAGUAUAUCCGGCAUAGAAGAAGAAGGCGACGUUCACGCCGGUUGUACAGCACACAACACCAGUAGACACGUUUUAACGCUAAUGACUUGUAGGUGGACAACAUUUUUGUAUUGCCUCCGACUCAACUGAACUACACCAACGCCGGAUUUUCUUUAGUUGUAACAGCUAGCCAGCCAUAGGUUUUGUCUGUACUUGUAGCCGAAGCUACAGAUGUGGAGCAUAUCACAAGCUUGCUAACAGAAGUUAGCAUCACUAGCAUGCACCAGCUAUGAAUGCAGGGUCCACAUGCUUCAGUACUGGUCUGUCAACAUUUAAAGAGCAAGCAUGAGCAGCCUGGAUCAAGACCAGCAUCUCCAUCCUAGUUGCCGUGACAAAACAACAGUCUCUAGUGAUUCAUCAGACACUUGUGAACUCGCCAAGCCGCCUCUCCAAGGUCUAAAAUUGGCAUCACAUGCAGUUUUGGAGAAGGCGCAGGAGAGGGGCAGGUUGAAAUGCUCUAAAUGUGGAGGAUCAAGGAUGUUCUUCUGCUACACAUGCUGCUCAUUACUGGGUGUCAGCCUGGAAGAAAUCCCUUUAAUCAAGCUUCCUGUGAAGAUAGACAUCAUCAAGCAUCCCAAUGAGACUGAUGGCAAGAGCACUGCAAUCCAUGCCAAGAUCCUCGCACCCAGUGAUGUCACCAUAUACACUUACCCCUGCAUACCUGACUAUGAAAAGGAAAAGGUGGUGUUGGUGUUCCCUGGUCUAGAGGCUGUCUCAGUUCAUGAAAUGAUGCAGUGCUUGCGUGACAUGAGCGACGGGAGGUCACAUGGCUUCUCCGAUGAACCCUGCACAAAGAGGCUGAAAAGUGAUGAAGUUCAAGGCGCCACACACACCGCAGAGGACCCGAAGUCAGGGACCCCAGAUGAAACAAAGGGCUUGGAGUCAAGGUUGUAUCCCCUACAGAGGGUGGUCUUCAUUGACAGCACAUGGAACCAGACCAACAAGAUCAGCACAGAUGAGAGACUGCAAGAUUUGCUCCGGGUGGAGCUGAAGACGAGGAAAACGUGUUUCUGGCGCCGUCAGAAGGGCAAACCAGACACCUACCUAGCUACUAUCGAGGCCAUUUAUUAUUUCCUCAAGGACUUACACGAGCAUUACCUCGCUCAGGAGUACAGUGGAGAAUAUGAUAACCUUCUCUUCUUCUACUCCUAUCUGCACUCAGUUGUCAACAAAGCUAAGACUGAUGCUGGAAAGUGCUGAGGAAAACCUGAAAUCAGCUGCAAGAGAUUUAUAAAUUGCAGCUGAAGAGUAAAUUCACAUGAAAGCCCUUGUAUGAUUGGUUAUAUUUUAUGGCUGUGUGAUAAUUUAUUUUGUAAGUUAUACUAUUUGUAUAAGAACAUGCAAUAAAAAAGGGUUUACAAUUGACAAACA